AAAAUCAAAUUUAUUGAGUUACUUUGUUUUGGACAUUCUUGGUGAUAGAAAAGUUGGUGUCUUGGAAUAGUUUGCAUAGUAUAUUAGUGAAGGACAGCCAGAUAUGGCAGUGUCAGGACGCAAAUUGUCAGAUUGUCAAGGCUCAAUAUCACUAGGAUCAGCAAAGGACUUUGACCACAGUUGUCAGCCUUGUCUUACCUUUGGUCAGCAUGUAGCAGCUGACGGAUUUUGUGUGGAAUGCCAGGAAUAUCUAUGCAAAACUUGCUUUGAGUGUCACAAGAGGAAAAAAGUCUCACGAAAUCACCAGCUUCUUGAUAAAGACAACGUUGGUAAACAUGCCAUUACCAGGAAAGAUUCUGAGGAAUGCACAGAAAAAUGUUCAGUGCAUAAAAAGGAAAUAAUCGAUUUUUUCUGUCCAACACACGAGUCUCUUGGCUGCAAUGACUGCAUCAUUUUGAAUCAUCGGACAUGCAAGAUUGACUAUAUACCUGUCAAAUGUGCAGAUAUAGGGGGCAGUGAGGAAUACAGGGUUAUCAUGGAGAAACUGAACGAGAAAAUGAAAGAUGCAGAGGAUAUCAUGAAGAAAGCUGAAGUAAGAGAUAAAGAGAUAGAUAAAUGCCAUGCUGGUAUUAUCAAGGAAAUCCUCAACUUCAGGAAGGAGAUAAAUGAACGCCUAGAUCAACUGCAACAAAAAAUUCAGAAAGAUGCUGACAAAAACAAAUCCAACGAUAAAAUAAUAAUUCAGAUAGUACUUGAUGAAUGUGCAAAUAUCUCUUCUGAUAUCAAGAAGUUACAGUCGACUUUACAGGCUCACAAGUCAUCACGACAGAACGGGCAUCUUUACAUCAACAUGAAACGUGCUGAGUCUAAACUGAAGUCAGAUGAAGUGCAGAAGGUAGAUGAAACUCUAGCGAAGACAAACAUACAGUGCUCAUUUGAACGGAACACUGAUCUUGAAAAUACAUUGUCCAAACAAAGUGUAUUUGGGAAUUUAAAACUCAGUACUAGCUUCGUCACAACGACAAAGAAGAAACAAAUUAAAACCCUAACGCGCAAAGAAGUUAUAAAUGUAAGAACAAAGUCAGAUAGUUGGUAUAGAUGCUAUAUCACAGGAUGUGCCAUCUUACCUUCUAACAAACUUGUACUGGCUGAUAACAAUGAAUGCAAGUUGAAAGUUGUAGACAGACAGAGUAAAACUGUGAUAGAAGAGAAAAAACUUGACUCCAAACCAUGGGACAUUGUUGUAUUGCCCCAGGACCAGAUUGCAGUAACAGUACCAGGAAACAAAGAAAUUCUUAUAAUGAAAACAGUUGGUAAACUGUCAACUGUCCGCAAGAUUCCAGUUAAAUGUGAAUGCUAUGGUAUAUUUUAUCAUCAAGAUCAUCUUUAUGUUGUUUGCAUGAACCCUAACAGUGUACUAGUACUUGAUACACAAGGUAAUGUCCAGAACACAAUCUCCCUGAAUAAUUACAUAUUUGAACGCCCACGAUCUAUUGUGGUAAGUGAGGAUUCCACACAUAUCUAUAUUGGUGACUGUCUUAGCAACUGUAUAGUCAGUAUAACAUUACAAGGUGAUGUAUCAGCUGUAUACAGACACAGGUAUCUUGGAGGACCAGAGGGAAUGGCGAUGUUAGAUGAUGGAUCGUUGCUGGUGUGUUGCUUCUGGAGUUGUACCAUUCAUCAUAUAUCAGGAGACUUGAAGCAAGGGCAGAUAAUGAAAGAUGUUAAACCGGUACCAAGGUCUAUAUGUUACAGUCAUCAUCACGAUGAAGUCUAUACUGGCUGCAUGGGUGAUUGGCUGAUAGUGUUUAGUAGGAAAUGAACAAUAACAACAGUUAUAUCUAAGUAAAUUAAUAAGUAAAUAACGAUGUAAAUGAUAUUACACUGAUUACAAACAGUACGAUAAAAUGAUAUACAAUUUCAGGUUUCUAAUUACAUUUUGAUUUAUCAAAACAAAGAAAUUAUUGAUAAUAAAUAUUUCAAAAUAUUUGACUUCUAUGCAAAAUAAUUCUGUACACAAAAUGAUUAUAUAUAGAUGAAAAUAUAAAAGCCAAAUGAUAAGUAAUGUUAUUUAAUGUUACUGUACAAUUUGUUUGUAUUUCAUGAAACCUGAUAUAUUUAGAUUAUACGCAUAUACUAGUCUGA